UAGAAAAAGGUUACGUAACCCGGAAGGUUUGACCGUUUGUUGCCAGGGUGACAGCCGGUGUCCCGUUCAACACAGUUACGGCUAAAUAUGCCGGGUUUUAUAAAGGUGGGACCGUCUGUGUAAGCUGUAGAUGACUGAAUAAACCGGUACCAGUCCGUCCAGUUGCCGUCGCUAUGUGGGUCUUCGGUUACGGGUCCCUGAUUUGGAAAGUGGACUUCCCCUACGAGGAGAAGAGAGUCGGCUACAUUAAGGGCUUCAGCCGCCGGUUCUGGCAGGGCAGCACCGACCACCGCGGAGUCCCGGGGAAGCCCGGUCGUGUCGUGACUCUGAUCGAGGAUCCCGAGGGGUGCGUUUGGGGCGUCGCCUACAAGCUGCCGACGGGGCAGGAGCAGGAAGUGAAGCGCUACCUCGACUACCGCGAAAAAGGCGGCUACCAGGUCAUCACGGUGACCUUCUACCCCCGUCCUCAGUCCAACCACUCGCCCAGCCCGACGUUGCUUUACAUCGGCAACGAGGAAAACCCCAACUACCUCGGCCCCGCGCCCCUGGAGGAGAUAGCCAACCAGAUCGUGAACUCCACCGGUCCGAGCGGGGAGAACACCGAGUACCUGUUCCAGCUGGCUCACGCGGUGAGGACUACCAUGCCUGAGGACCCAGACAGACAUCUGUUCACUCUUGAAGAAAUAGUGAGAGAAAGGCUACAAAAGCAACAACAAACGCUGGUUGCCAAGAUUAAAUAAAAAAAAAAAAAGUUUUAUCUGUUAUCUAUUGAGACCGGAUUGGUCGAUUUUAUCUCUGGGGUUCAGAUACACAUACAGGAAAUCAUUUGGGUUUUGUUUUAAAAAGAAAUGUUGAUCUAUAUCGGAGUGCACUACGGUGAAAGGACAAUGUUUAAUUUUAAUUUAUUACCAAAACAAAGAUUGCACUGGUAACGAUGUGUUGUACUGCAUGUUUAAAAAGGCAUUACAAACACAUGACUAUGUGUUAAUAAAAGCAAAGAGAGCAAGAAGUGU